AUGAGUGACAUAACGUCGCAUCAGGAAUAUCACGUCGACACCUAUUUAUAUAUGAUUGUCGGUAUCGUCAUGGGGCUAGCUGGCACGUCGAUGUUACUCUACUGUCUCCAUCAACGACAGGUUCUACAGAGUGAGCAGAGUGGUAAUGACAGAAACAAUAUGCAAAGGCAUUUGCUUGAGGAUAGUGUCAUUCCGGACGGUCAAGAAGAGUGGCAAUGCUCAGUAUGUUACUACGAGAAUCAUCCUGCUAAGAAAGAAUGCCUCAUGUGUGGCACUUUAGAAGUCGUUUCGCAACGGGUUACAAGGCCACUAUCUUUACCAGGAAAGACUACUACAAAGUUACCUACCAGUGAGUCGGUAGCUUCCCUAGCCGCGCCAAACAGCUCUUUUCACGCUGAACGAUCAGACGAAUUAAAGUUGAAUCAAAGACAGAGAGGUGCACGGCGGCGUCAUUUGUGGCAGCGCGAAAGAAUUGAUGAUAAUCAAUUUCGAUGGGUGCGAGUCGGUCAUUGCCAGCCAUCUCGACUCAGCCAGUUAGCAUCGAGUAUUCGUUCUAGCUUGCCGACACGUGCGGCAUCGCUUAUCCUUGGUAGUCCAAAAUUUGAAAGCGAGCGAGGGUCGGCACCUGCUGCUUAUGCGUCUGAUGGAACUUAUCGCGGUCCGACCAGUCCAUUAUCGCUUAAUAACACUAACAAUGGGGGGCGUUUGGGUGUACGAACAGAGCUUUCGAUGAUCCAGUCGGCACAUUCAGACGGAGCGUUUUCUCCAGCUAUUUGUAAAACGGUGCGAAGUGGUUGCAGUGCAGUCAAUUGCGACGAUGUGACUGCGUCAACCAGCUCGGAAGAUGAACUUAUGACACAGCGGUCCAUUGGUUAUAUAAGGCACGUAAACGACCAAGGACAGGCCGAGUGGGUUUCAGCUGACACUCUUGUACACGAGCGGACUACAGUAACCACGAUCAAUAUCACAGAGUUUCCAAGAGCCACAAGUAUCAUUGACUAUGAGUCUGUUGCAGCUUUUCCCUUCAAAACAAAAGUUCGGUGGUUUCUUCAAGAACUUGACAAAAUUGUAAUUCCAUACGACGAAGGUCACCUUCUGCUUAAAAUUCGUCGCGAGGCUAUACUGAGUGAGUCCAUGCACUUGUUAAUGCUGAUUCCAGCUGCUGAUCUACGCCAACGUAUGCAGAUCGAGUUUAUCAAUGAACCCGGAUUAGAUAUCGGAGGAUUGAUGCGAGAAUGGGUUUUGCUUCUUUGUGAACAACUGUUUGCCGAAAAGAAUGGAUUAUUUUUACGAACGCAUGCCGAACAAUCCGGCUAUUGGAUCAAUCCAAAUUCCGCAUAUGUACAUAGCGAUCACUUGCACUGGUAUAAGUUUGUUGGGCGAUUGCUAGCGAAAUGCUUGUUGGAAGGUCAAAUUCUAACUGUCUACCUCGCCCUUCCCCUUCUCAAGCACCUGCUUGGUGUACCCAUUUCGUUCUCAGACUUGGAAUUUCUGGAUGCAGAGCUUCAUCGCCACACUCUGUCGCUUCGAGAUUAUGAGGGUGUGGAAGCGCUGGCACUUACCUUCACAGUACAACGGCAGGACAAAGAUGGGUUGAUUGUUACGGAGGAGCUCACACCAGGUGGUAACGACAUACCUGUGACGGAUAUUAAUAAGGAAGAGUAUUUAACACUCUUGCUACAGCACAAGAUGUUUGGUAGUGUACAGGAGCAGCUAGAAGCCAUGCUCGAAGGUCUCUACGACGUCCUCCCACGCACACUUUUGACUGUUUUUGAUUAUCAAGAAUUGGAGCUACUUAUGUGCGGCAUGCCAUCGAUCGACGUUGCCGACUGGGAAUCUCACACUGACGUUUGCUAUAAACAUGCUGAUCUUGGACACAACAAAGCCACUAGUGCAGAACGUCAGGUUGUGCAGUGGUUCUGGCACGCUGUGCGCGCAUUUUCGACGGAAGAGCGCGCACGUCUUCUUCAGUUUGUCACGGGCACCUCUCGAGUUCCGGCAGAAGGCUUUCGAGCACUGCUAGGGAAUGAUGGCCGUAUUUGUCGCUUUAGUCUCGAAUUGAUGGCAAUUGGCUUCUCUCCAUCAGAUCUUUAUCCGAAAGCUCACACAUGCUUCAAUCGCCUUGAUCUCCCUAUCUACCGUUCUUAUCAAGAGCUCGUAACGUUCCUUACUGUCGUUAUCAACACGGAAAACACUGGAUUUACCAUGCAAUAA